AUGUUCCGCCGACGAAGGAGCUCGUCGCAUCAUCAUCAGCCGCUGUCUUCCUCGUCCGCUCAAUCCGCUCAAUCCGCCGCCAGCCAUGCCUUCCUUAAAUCCCGACCCUCCUCGUCGAGUCUCUCCUCCGCGGCCGCCGCGACAGCCCUCCGGAACCUGACGCCCCCUCCCACCGACGUCGAGAAUGUCCAGACGAAGCGCAUGCUCCAGCGGCAGUCGUCCGUCUCUUCACAACCGGGUGCCGCCGGAACCUUGCGCUCCCCCAGCCGUACGAGCCUUCGUCGAAGCAAUAGCUCGAAUUCCAUGAGCACGCGGACCUUUCGGGAACAAUCCCCUCGUCGUCCGCUCUCCAGCUCAGGGUCCGGUCCGGUGAGCCACGCGCCACCCAUUCCGUCAAUUCCGAAGGAGUAUACAGGUCGAGGCACUCCCGUUCGGCGGUCGGUCAGCGUCGGUGCGCCCAUGCGGUCGUCGCCUCCUGUGAAGCAUCCGUCGGGACGCGGAGGAAGCGUCGACCGUGAGAAUAUGCGGACGGGGAGCCCUAGCUUAUAUACGGUUCCUGAAGCCCAGAGAACGGGGAGCAGGAGCUCUGUCAAUUUCUCUUACCCCAUCAAUUCGCGUCCAACCUCUCCGUCUCAAACCCCCGAAGCAUCCGAUGGGCGCGAUGUGUCGACAGGCGCAUUGCUGGCCGACCGGUUGGCCGGACUAGAUGCCUCCAAGGGGCCGAGUACCCCGUCGCAGACGGCAAACACCUCUGCUAGGAGACGGACCAGGAAUUCCAGCCCUGGAAGCCCCGGGAAAGGUACGCCGCCCGUGACUACUGCCGUUGCUGCAGCACAAGCCGCCAUCGUUCCCCCUUCGCCGCCAGCCACGACGGAGCGCCGUGAACCAGAGGCUUGGGACACUCGGGAAUCGAUCCCGGGAUCUCCGUCUCGUCCGGCUCUAAUGAAGCGACCGUCUACCGUGCGCGAGGAUUACCAGGGCGAAGAGCAAGCCGAGGCCGGUGCUCCGUGGACGAUCAAUUCGGCCGCGCAAACCGGGAGGGUGACGCCAGAGGGCCCGCCGACAGCCAGGGUACCCCAGACACCCGAAACAAGAAGAGAGCCCCUGCCAAGCUCGGUCGUCAGCUCUCCGGAAUCGACGAGCUCGGUCGAUGUUGGCCGUGGUCUCCAGCCGUCGCCGAUGCGACAGUCCGGCAGCAGUCCUGGCAGAUCGACCCGGUUCUCCACGCAGCUGUCCGUGACUGGGCUCGCCGGAGAACCUUUGCACAAGCCGCCACCUAGAUCAGUAUCGCCCGUUAAGUCGGCGAUGAAGAGCUCGAGGAUGAGUUCAAUAUCGCCGGACGGGCGGACUGCAGUACUACGACCUGGUCCUCCACUCAGCGAAAUAUCGGAUGGUACGUCCGUCGCGUCCGAUGACGGCUCCAAGCAAGGCUUCCGUAAAAAGACGGCCAAGGUCAGCUUUGACGACGAGGCAGAGGUUGUCGGAGUGGCGGCCAGCCCGCCCACGUCACCUGAAUCGGUCGUCCCUGACUCACCUCCGGGAAGCUCGAAAGCCAAAUCCAAAUCGCAUUGGUUUGCACUGGGUAAAAAGAAGUCUCAUGCACGCGAUGCAUCUGUGCCGGACGAAUUCGAUGAAGUGCUCAAACCGCGGCCCGCCCUGCCUUCCUUUGGGAGUAUACGGGGCGCUAGAGAUGGUGAACAACCGGAGCCAGCGCGGCACGAGUUCAGUGAUAACGAAUCGACGACUUCUUCGGAGCCUAACCUGGGAGCGCCGGACUGGUCUUUCUCUAAUGAUCAUGUUAUCGGAGCAAUUCUUUCCCAUCACGAACGUAACGAUACCACUAAUCAUCAUGAACCAGCUAUGCCCACAGAAACCGAAGCUACUCCGAAGAACACAUAUCCGCAGUCGAGCCAAAUUGCAUCUGUGGGCGAAGCGGUGGUCCAUGAAAACGAGUUGAGCCACCCAAUCUCUAGUCCUGCGCUUGAUGUACCUGGGAUCGCGGUCCAGCCGGCGACACCGGAACUCGAGAAGGAAAGAACCAGCCUCGAUUGGUGCACAGUACCAGGGGGCUUUCCCAGAGCAUCGCUGGAAUCCAAGAGUUCAAGUCGGCGUAAGGGCAAGAAGGCAGUUGAUAAUGCUGUCCAAGAUCAGGACACCGAUGACGAGUCGGGCGAGAGUAUCUACAGUGAUGCCGAGGAAGGGUUUGACGGCGAUGGUUUUGGCUCUAUCAAUGCUAUUGUGGACAGCAGUACAGAACCGGUCAAGGAUGACCUUGCCGACACAAACCAGGAGCCAACGAAAAAUGAUUGGGCUGGUGACCGGGUUUCUGACUCCACGCCCGACAUCCCUGAAGCCUGUCAGAUCGCUCGUGUUGAGACGCCCGUCCGUGAUACGUCACCUCCACCACGUACAAGAUCUCCUGCCUCUCCCCAAGACUCUUUGCCAUUUUCUUCCCCCUACCCUCCCUUCCCCACGCGGCCCAGUGCCAAAAAGAGCAACACGCAAGAACAAGUCCCGCGAUCAUCGUUGGUAGCAAGCUCCGCCCAACGAUCCAUGUCAGCCGACGCCUACGAGGGUCCUGCAACUCAAGAUGUAGCUGCCAGUCAGAAUGGCAGCACUCGUUCGCCGUCUGUGGCUGCGCAGAAACCGGCGAAAGCCAGGCCUACUUCGUGGGGUAAAGGCCUUCUUGAGGGCAAAGAGGUCAUCGCCGAAGAAGGACAGCAAACCAAUGGCCACGGUGCUCAUCUUUCUCAGCGACGACUAUCAAACGGGAGCGACUCGUCCAGCAGCUUCGUACGAUCCAGCCGCCCAGCUCGCGCGAGUCCGCAGUAUAGCAUGCGACGGACUAUGCGGGGGUCCCCUCCUCACAUGCAAUCAGCUUCCCCUAUGCGGCAAAAGUCGCCCCCUCCGGAUAUGAGGCCCCAGUCGUCGGGUUCUGGCACCCCCGGUGCUCUCCGCAUGACUCUACGAGGAAACGAGACACGACGCGAAAAACCGUCAUUCUUCUCUACGGGCAAAAUGCAAAAGGCCAAGGUGACCAAGGCGCCUGGGUCAUUAUUCACAUCUCGGUAUCCCGAUUCCGACGAGGAACAGGGUACCAGCAAGAAUGUACGUCCGUGGCAAAGCCGCUACGAGAAUUCGAGCGACGACGAGCCGGAGGUGAAUAAUCUCCGCCCUGUCCGUGGCAUCCCCCGUCGGGCGGGCAGAGACGACGGGGACUCGACCGAGCUGGAAGACAGCUCGGACGGUGAACGACACCGUCCGACAGCCUCUGCAUCUGUCCGCAAACCAAGUGCGCCCGCCUCACCCAAGAACCCGGCGCUUGCCGCAGUUGCCAAGUCUCGCGGAAUGACCGAGAAAGAGGCGGACGAUUUCCUCCGUCGGCCCAAUAUUGAACGGCGACCGAGUCUGUUCCACCGCCUGAGCAUCAGAAAACCCAAACCCUCGGCCGAGCGCGGAAGCAUGAGCAAGCUAGGCAAGCUGGAUUCUAGCCAUGUGCAAGAGGAGCCACCCCUGGAUCCAAAUCAAGGCCAUACCGUCACCACCAUUACGGCGAACCCUGAUCCACCUUCCUCGCCCAAGCUCCUCAAGAGAGGAGCCUACCGAUCCACCGGCGGGGAAAGCUGGCCGCUUCGAGGCCCUCCGAAGGAGCUGAGCAAUGGCAGCAACUACGGGUCUGAACGACCCCAGACUGCCGACGGAGCCGGCCAAAACGGCAGCACGGCCGUGAGCGACAGGGCAGCCGUUCUGUCCAAAGAGAACCAGAAUCCCCUGGGCCUUUCGUCAGGCUUUAAAAAUGACGGCCUACCACCUGUGGCCGACAGCCAUUCCACCCCUCGCAAGAAACGAUUUCCUAAGAUCAGGAAAGCAUUUGGUCUUCGAAGCUAG